AUGGUACAGACGCAAUUCUGUAAGAAGGUCAAGUUCGUGCGACACGACGGAGCUCGCGAGUUUGCAACCAACUCGCUUCAACUGUUCUACGAAGACGAAGGCAUUGAACAGCAGACAACGGUGCCGUAUGCACAUCAAACAAACGGAACAGCAGAGCGUGCCAUUAGGACUAUUGUCACGAUCGGCCGCAGCAUGCUUCAUCAUGCCAAACUGGACAAGUGUUUCUGGGCCGAAGCAGCGAUGACGGCCAUCUACGUCAAGAAUCGACUGCCGUCACCUAAAGUCGUGCACAAGACCCCGUUUGAGAUCGUCUACAACUUGAAACCAAGCGUCAAGCACAUGCGAACAUUCGGGUGUCAGACAUACAUACUGACGCCUAAAGAGAAUCGACUCAAGUGGGAUCCAAAGGCUCGCGCUGGCAUAUUCGUGGGCUACGAACAAGUUUCGAAGGCAUAUCGUGUUUAUGACAUCGAGGCGGGGCAGGUGGCUAUCAGCCGCGGAAUCAACUUCGACGAGUCCACCUUUGGACUUCAACUGCCGAUCACUGAUGAAGAUGUCGAUGACCUGGACUUCGAAUUGCUGGAUCUUGAUGACGAAGAGCUGCGUCAAAUGGAGUACAAGCAAACAGGCAAGCGCAAGAACCGACUCAAUGAUGAAGAUACAGCAGCUCCACGACCGCGUGCAGUGCGUCAACGACCAGGACUAGAAGAGUCAAGCGCGCCGGAAAACAACUCGUCACGCCAAGAAGAAGACGAAGAAACGAAGGAUUCUGGUGAUUCAACACCGCCUGUGUUUUGGCGUGCGAGUGCAAAUGCCGUUGAAGCAGCAGUGGACUUAUCAGAGCCCUCAACAUUUGAAGCAGCAGUAAGCGGCCCUGACCAAGUGCACUGGAGAAAAGCAAUUCAUGCAGAGCUCGAGUCAAUGCGACUUCGCGGUGUGUUUCGUGCAGCCAAGCUGCCCAACGGACAACGCGCCAUUGGCACAAAAUGGGUGUUCAAGAUCAAGCGCAAGGCGGAUGGAUCCAUCGAGAAGUACAAGGCACGUCUCGCGGCAAAGGGCUUUCGCUCGAAGUAUGGAAUCGACUACACGGAGACGUUUUCUCCCGUGGUCAAGCAUGUGACGCUGAGAAUGGUGAUCGCAAUUUCCAAGCAUUUUGGAUGGCCCAUCGACCAGCUUGAUGUGGUGACAGCUUUCCUGUAUGGCGUCAUGAAGGAACAAGUGUUCUGCGUGAUUCCUGAAGGCGUCGAACUUGACAUGUCAGGCUUCGACCCAUGUCUCUACAUCAAGACUUCGGACGGCCAUUGCGUGUUUAUACUGGUCUACGUGGACGACGUCUUGGUGACUGGAAGCUCGCUCGAGCUGAUUGCACAAACCAAGAACGACCUGAAGACGCGGUUCGAAAUGACGGACAGCGGCAAGUGUGCGUUUGUUCUUGGGAUCGAGCUUUUGGACGGUGAAGAUGGCAGUGUGACACUAUGUCAGCGUCGGUAUGUCGAUGAUAUCAUCAAGCGCUUUGGCAUGGAUGAUUGCAAGGCAGUCGCAAGUCCAGUCGACAUGAGCUCUCGACUUGUUUCAAGUGAUGCAACUACCAAGGUCGAUGCUCCUUUUCGCGAAGCUGUUGGUGCGUUGAUGCACCUGACCACUGCAACGCGUCCGGACAUUGCGUUUGCUGUGGGCUAUGUGUCGCGGUUCAUGGAAAAUCCCCAAGAAGAACACUGGGUUGCAGUUAAGCGUAUCUUUCGCUACCUACAAGGCACCAAGACGCAUGGAAUUUGCUACAAGCCAAGUGCAAGGAUCGACUUCCGUGGAUAUUCGGAUGCGGAUUGGGCUGGUGAUCUUACCGACCGCAAGUCAACAUCGGGGUACACGUUCAUGCUACUCGGUGCGCCAGUCAGUUGGGGCAGCAAGAAGAAGCCAAGUGUUUCGUUGUCCACGAGUGAAGCCGAAUACAUCGCACUCAGCUUGGCGAUUCAAGAGGGCAAGUGGAUUCAUCGUCUGCUUUGUGAGAUCGUGAUGGCUGCCAAUGAAGAAGGACCGGAACUCAUGAUUCAUGAAGACAAUCAGUCAUGUAUCAAGAUGACGAAGAACCCAGUCAACCACGGCCGUGCCAAGCACAUUGAUAUCAAGUACCAUCACAUCCGUGAUGAGGUCAAGCGCGGUGAAGUGAAGCUCAAGUACUGUGAAACUGCGGUGAUGUUAGCGGACAUCAUGACGAAGGGACUUCAUGGACCACGCCACAAGGAGAUGACGACGGCUCUCGGGAUUCGUGAGCAUUCGGAUUGA